CCCCUCUCGACCCAUACUCGUGCGAACCUGUUGACUUGCUCUCUGCUGGCACAUGCACAUUCAUCCUCCCAAGUCCGCCCCACCCCACGCAGCUUCACGCAGCCCCACGCAGCCCCACUGGCUGAUGAGUCACUAUAUAAGACAGGCAAGGACAAGAAGGUGUAUGUUAGUAUACACUCAAUUCUUCUCGUGGCAUGUACGACAGCGCGCUAGGUGGAUUCGUCACUUGACUGUGUCAUCUGUCAGCAAACACUGUCGCGUUGUAACAAACAUUAUUGCAUGAUCAAUAAUUGCACUCGAGCAUCAAUAAUUUCCCAUUAACAUUGAAAAAUAUUGACGAUAAUUGUCACACCACUGGCUGUCAAUAGUCACAUAUAAUUUGUGAAUUAUUAUCGUUGACGUUAACGAUUGAAAGAAAAAAAAUUAUCAAAAUGCUGGUGGAAUUGAUUGUCCAGGGGAUCUGGAGUAUUUUGAGUGGAAUGAGACCAGAUUUGAUAUACAGUAUUAUCGUUUUUCUGUGUGCUCUUGGUGUCGUAAGGACCAUUCAGUGGUUCAAGUACAUCAUAAGUCUACCACCAGGACCCUGGGGCUUUCCCAUUCUCGGUUAUCUGCCGUUUAUCAAAGGUGAUCUUCAUCUUCAGUUUGGAGGGCUCGCUAAAAAAUACGGUUCAAUGUUCUGUGCGAGGUUGGGAACUAAAAUUGUGGUGGUACUCAGCGACUACAGGACGAUUAGAGAUACUUUUAGGCGGGAAGAGUUUUCCGGAAGGCCUCACAGCGAGUUUAUGAAUAUUUUGGGAGGAUAUGGGAUUAUCAAUGCUGAGGGGGCGAUGUGGAAGGACCAGAGGAAGUUUCUUCACGAAAAAUUGAGGAACUUUGGAAUGACAUAUCUUGGAAAUGGAAAGAAGACAAUGGAGACUAGGAUAAACCGUGAGGUUGACGUUCUGAUUCGUUCGCUGUCCCAAAAACGUGGUGCACCGACUGACUUAUCACCAUCACUGGGAAUGUCGAUAAGCAAUGUGAUCUGCUCCAUAAUAAUGAGCAUGAGAUUUCGUCACGGCGAUGCUAAAUUCCGAAGAUUCAUGGAGCUCGUUGACGAGGGAUUCAAAUUAUUCGGAAGCAUUUACUGCGUCAACUUCAUACCGAUAAUGAAGUAUCUGCCGGGUUUGCGAAAAAUUCGGGACAAAAUAGCGGGAAAUCGAGCGGAAAUGGCGGAAUUCUUCCAGGAGACUGUUGAUGAGCACAGAGCGACGUUUGAUGAGAAAAAUAUCCGAGAUCUUGUUGAUACUUAUUUGUUGGAGAUCGAGAGGGCCAAAGCUGAGGGCAGAGAUGCUGCUCUCUUUCAGGGAAAAAAUCACGAUCGCCAGAUGCAGCAGAUUCUCGGCGAUCUUUUCUCAGCUGGAAUGGAAACGGUGAAGACAACACUAGAAUGGGCUGUGAUUCAAAUGCUUCAUCAUCCAGAAGCUGCUAAGGCUGUGCAGGAGGAGCUAGAUCAGGUCGUUGGUAGAUCAAGAAUGCCAGGUCUCGAGGAUCUUCCCUUCUUACCGGUCACCGAAGCCACUAUUCUCGAGGUGAUGAGGCGAUCUAGUAUUGUACCACUUGGCACAACACACGCAACAACUCGUGAUGUCAUGUUGAAUGGAUUUAAAAUACCAGCAGGCGCACAAAUUGUUCCCCUGCUUCAUGCUGUUCACAUGGAUCCUGAAUUAUGGGCUGAACCAGAAGAAUUCAGACCAACUAGAUUUCUUUCCACGGAGGGCAAGGUAACGAGACCCGAGUACUUCAUGCCCUUUGGCGUUGGUAGACGAAUGUGUCUCGGUGAUGUACUUGCACGUAUGGAAUUAUUUCUCUUCUUCAGUUCUCUACUUCAUAAAUUUCAUAUACAAUUACCGGAGGGCGAUUCACUGCCCAGUCUCAGGGGCAAUGCUGGCGUUACUGUAACACCUGAUCCAUUCAAAGUUUGUUUUCAACAGCGGCAUCUUGAUACCGCUGAUUGUACACCAGAUAUUUCUAGUCCACUGAGAAAUUUCGGGUCUCAUUGAGACGGUGGACGAUGAUUUUGGGACUUUUCUAUUCACUUUGAAAAGACUUAACCAGAAUUAUCAGGGCCUUAGGUCAUGGGGCGAUUGUCAUACCCAAAAGACGUUGAUUUUAAACCAAAUCAACAAAUUUAGGGGAUUUGUUGGUGAGGUUGAUCUUUUGGGCGAUUGACGAGUGAUUUGUUAUUUCAAUUUCGAUUGAAUUCGGAAAUGAUUCGAUGGUUAUAUACAUAUCGGAGUUGGUAAUGUGGUUAAGAGAUGAUUAAAUUGUGUGGCGAUGAUUGAGGAUUGAAAUAAUGGAAAGAAAAAAGUACAAAGCAAACACCAAAAUUUAAGCACCCCGUUUUAUAUCCCGCCGCCAUAUUAUUUAUUUAUAAUUCCUUACCCGGGGAGAUGUCACUGUAAUUUAUUCAUACAUUAGGGUUACAUCAGCAGUCAUUUGCGUUAGUGUUUGCGGUCUUCUGUAAAUAAUCAUUCAAUUUUUUUUUCUGUCUUUACUAUCUGUACAUAGGUCUGUGUGAGUUGUAAAAUUUAUUUGUACUAUUGGAAUGUGUGAGGUAUUUUUGUGUGACUGGUUAUUUGGAUAUUGUUGUCAAUUUGAAGUGACAACUAGUAUAAGACUGAUCCGAAUUACACUGAGUUUGUUCAUAAUUUUAUACGCUAAUGAUUGCACUUUUAAUGUGCCUUAACAAUUAGAGAAAUUAACUGGUGACAAACAAUUGUCAAGUGUUACCUCGCAAGGUGCCAUUUUAAUUGCUCUUUUGAAAUAAAAAUACAAUUGUUUGACAUGGGUGAAUUCCUCUCGUUGUUCGUUUUACUUUGAAUUUUUUUAAUUAUUGGAAAAAUUGAAAUCUUCACACGCAGAGGUUCGUCAACCCCGUUGUACGUGGAAAAAUGAUUUUGUGUUUUUGUUAGAUUUGAAAUUAUCAUUACCUCAGGUUCAACAGUCUUUUUAGUUCGCUGACCAAUGGUCUUAUCCCCCUCCUUGCGAGGUCGCUGAUCAGACUCUCGUGAGUCUGGUGGUGUUAUCUCGUGAUUUGUUCACUGGAUUCUUUGUGAAUGAGGGAAAGAAGUAAUGCGAUUUUUGAGAGACUAACGAGAGCAAGACAGAAAAUGUCUUGUCAUGCAAAAUUAACACAAAUUCAGGAGGUAAUUUUCUAAAUUAAAUUGUUUAAGAUAUUAGGAAUUGUUUAAGGCGAUUGUAGGUGAAAAAAAAUUGUAGAUUACUAGUGCUGAGAUAUUUUUAAUGGAAUCGUCAGUGAGAAUUGUGGAGUCACUUUUCUCGGAUUAUCAGAUUUUUUAAAAUAUUUAAGUCCAGAAUGUGUUCAUAUAUGGUGUACCCUGUAUGUCACGAUGUUAUUUAAUAUAUAACGUUUUUUAUACAAAAUAAAAACUAUUUUUGAAGUUUA